GUGAUCUUUCUCCUGCAAAACCCAUCUCAGCCUCAAAGUCAUUGUCAUCUCAAAUCUGAUCCAUAACCAAAAAUUUCUUUAAGUCAUCGUCAUCUCAGAUCUGAUCCAAAACCAGAAAACAACUCAUAGCUUCCGUUUCUACUCAACCCUUCCAGAUAUGAUCUUGUUCUUGCUUGGCUAUUAUUUAUCCAUCAUUCGUGUACUCCUCUUCAUCAAGAUCCAGACGAUAUGAACAGAGAUAAUGCCUUCUCCAAUGAGACCUCCAGAGGUACCGGUGACACCUCUUCCAAGAUCACUGCGGGGACUCUUGAUUUCAGUCAUCCUCUGUACUUGCAUCCGUCUGACAGUUAGGCAACUACUAUUGUUUCUGCUGUUCUUACUGGGAUUGAUAACUACCCUACUUGGAGCCGUGCAAUGAAGAUUGCUCUUACUAGUAAGAACAAGCUUGGUUUUGUGGAUGGCACAUUUGUUCGUACCGCACGAGCUCCAGAUUUGAUAAAUGCUUGGGAUCGAUGCAACGCUGUGGUUCUCUCAUGGCUGAUCAAUUCCGUCGAUAAAGAAAUUUCUUGUGGUAUUACCUUCUGUGAAAAUGCUCACCUCAUCUGGAUGGACCUCAAAGAACGAUUCGAUAAAUCUGAUGGGUCAAAGAUUUUUAAUCUUCACCAUACUAUUAAUUCUUUCACCCAAGGUUCACUUCCUGUUUCCACUUAUUCUAAAUUGAAAGAAUUGUGGCAUGAAUUUGGGGGUCUCGUUGUUAUCCCUACUUGUAAUUGUCAAGCAUCCAAAGAAUAAGUCAAAGUCAUGCACGAAUAACAUCUCUUUCAGUUUCUUAUGGGAUUAAAUGAGACAUUUCAUUAGGCUCGCAAUCAAAUAUUGCUUAUGUCGCCAUUACCUAGUGUCAAUCAGGCCUACUCUUUCAUUUCCCAAGAUGAGGCACAACGAUUGAUUAGUUCUACUCCUUCCAAUAGCUCACAUGACAAUGCUGUGAUGACCACCCAAGGGGGGAGAAAUGGUCGUGGUAGAGGAAGGGGAUGGAAUGCCAACCCAGACGAAUGCUCUUACUGCCAUAGAAGAGGCCAUAAGCGGGGCCAAUGUUUUCAGCUAGUAGGCUUCUCUCUUAACUUUGAACCUUGUGUAAAGGAGCAGGAAUCUCAGAUUAAUCAGACAUAUGCUCAUACACCAGAUCAAUCCUCCUUUGGGAACACUAUCGCCGUGACUCCAAACCUGACUCCUCAACAAUAUGAACAGCUCCUGCAAAUGCUAAAGAAAGACUCUAACUCCAACGAUAGUGCCGUUGGUGCCAUUGGGACCCCCUCAGGACAUCUUGACUGGAACGAUCAAGGGGACUGGUAGACUGUAUCAUCGAAAAUAGGAGGAAGAAAGAGGGAUAACAAGAGAGUGACGGAGAAGAGCUUGUGGUCUACUAGGGUACGAUCUUAGGCUACUUUAGAGGCAUUUGGAGCUUGAAUUACUGUUGAAUAAGUUGCACAUCCUCUCUUCUCCCUUAUUAUGCAAAAAAUCUGGACAUUUGGGGCAAUGAGGGCUUUGAUUUCGGUUCCCUUGGGUUUAGUUGAACCCAUUGGUUUAUUUAAGAUCUUGGAGAGUUAAAUCAAACCUCUAACCCUAAGUUUAUGAGUUUUGUGGUGAUUAAAAAAUUUUGGUAAGAGUUUGGACGAACCCUAAGUAUAAUUUGAGGAUUUUGAGAUAAUGUGAGAUAUUGGUCAGUGAUUUUGGUGUGUUGGGAUGUUUAAUAAGAUAAUUAGUGUUUGAGAAUGGUUGAUAUUAUAAGAAAAGGAAAUUGGGUGUUAUAGGCACUUAGAACUUAGUGAAUUUGGAGUUAACCGAAGUGAUAAUUUAUGAUUGUCACUUGAUUGUGUAGAUUGAUCGUUGCUUGAGCCUUAUCAAGCAUAUAAAAUGUGUGAAGCUAACGUUAAGCCACGAUAACCCUUUUUGUGUGACAAAAGGUUGAGGUAAUCAUAUAGUUUAUUGUGUUUAUUAACUAUUAUAACUGUGUAAAAGUAAAUACAAAUGAUAGAGUUGUGGCUUUGAAGAGUUUUGUGCAUAAUUUGAUAUUGUAAAUGAUUUUAGCAUGAAAAUCGAUUUGUAAAAAAUUAUUGAUUUCAAUUGAUACAUAUAUACUAGUAUAUAAGUUUAUGAUGUAGAAAUGUGAAGAAAAAUAGUGGAAACUGAAAAAGAACAUGAUUAUAGGGGGAGGGAGUUCACCUGAGAUAUGUGUGUGUGGAGAUAUGUGAGUGAAAAAUUCAUAUAGUCGGGCUGGCACCAUGGGACAUUUAGUGCAGCAUUAGAUGGGAUUAUUACCAUGGGACAUUCGGAUAGUCUGGCAACACCCUAAUACUUGUUAGGGUGCAGUUAAGAGUCAACGAUGCCUCUAUCACAAGUGUGUGAAGAGGGAAAAACCAUAGUCCAUAGGUGGGUUAAAUUAUUUUUGGUCAAGUAUUUUUACCGUUGAAAGUAUGCUCGGGUAAACAAGUAAUUGAUCCAGGAGAACUUAUGGUUUCAUGUCGGGGAGUAUUGGAGGUUCAGUAAUUAGAUGAUCAUACUAGUGUGAAAUAGUGUGAAAUUGUUGCGAAAAGAUGCAUUUAUCUUAUAAAUACGGUAUACUUGAUAUUACUAUAAUUUUGAUAGUUUAUCAUGGUUAUUUGUGGUAAUAAGCAUUUGAUGAACUAUAUUGGUUAUUGAGAUGUUUAUCUCACCCCAUGGUUAUAUUUUACAUGUGAGGGUUCCAAUAGAGGUAAGAGGAAAGAAGAAGCGUUUGGAGAGUGAAGAGCAUAUUUGUAUAGCUCUUGUCUUUCUUCUUUUUAGGCAUUGUAACGAAUAUUGUCAAUAUAUAUAUAUAAUGCCAACCUAGGAACAUAACAUUGUUGUAAUUUUCCUUUAGUAUGAAUUUGUGAUAAGGGUGUGUGUAUCUUGGUCCAAGGUUGAUGUUGGGGAUUAAGUAUGUGCUUGGUCAAGUUACACUUACAUGUGAUAUAUUUCAAGUGAUUUAUGUGCCAAAAUGACCAAUUGAUUUGUGUGUUGGAUUUUAUCUGCCCCAUUGUGUUAUUGUCAAAUGGGGUUUGGGUGGUUAUUUUGAGCGUAAUUGCUCAAUUGUGUGAUAUGAAUAAAUUGUUAUGUUGUGUGUAGUCUAUUUGAGGUGGUUAAAGUGUCUCUGGGGUUAAUGGCAUUUGGUAUUGUGAGUUGGACACCUUUAUAUAUGUUUUGAGAUGAAAACGAACUAUUUUAGGUUCAGGUGUCCAUCUUUUAAACGGAUGGUUAUUUGGGUGUGAGACCGGUGUCAUUAGUUAGAGGGCUUAAAGAGUUUCAUGUGACACUUGAACUGUUCAAAUUGAACAUCGGAUGGCGAAACAGCGCGUUCUGGAAGUUUAAAGGGCUGUCAUGACAACAAUCUGCUGUCAUGACAGUAGGUGUGCGCCACGGCACGUGGUUGUUGCCCCGCAGCGCCUUGGGCCUUCGAGGGACUCGUCCUUCUGUGCCAACCACCACGGCAGACGGACUAGAAUUUGCAGAAGAAUGGCAUUUUUGCCUAAUUUUGAAGUGGUUUGUUUCCCAUACUUUCGUAUUUGUUCUAAAUUGAUUUUUAACCAUGGUUUGAGCUCAAACAAUAUUCUAAAAGGGUUUUCUUAAAAUUUCAAUAUUUUAAACAAAUUAUUUGUAAACCCUUGAAUUGUGAUAACUUCUUUAUAGGAUUUUAUUUAAUUCUAAUUAUCAUGACGGUAUGUGAGUGUUGUUCUGAUAAUAUCAGGGCGGACAUUGUAGUUUGGGUGUUUGGCUUUUGCUACUAAACUGCAUGAUUUAGACAAAUUAAAACCUAGAGCAGACCCUUGUAUUUUUAUGGGAUACCCUACAACACAGAAAGGAUAUCUUUUGUACAAUUUGAAUACUAAAUCCAUGAUGGUCAAUAGACAUGUAUCCUUUAUGGAAAACGAGUUUCCUUUUGGAGAUAGUGAAUGCAUAAAUUUAGGGGGAGAUCAAGUCCAACGAAUCGACCCAUUUAUAAAUGAUAAUGAUUUGCAACCCUCAUCUGUUAUACAAGAAAUAGAUAUUGCAGAUCAUGAACUUCCUUCUAUGGAUUUGCAAGAACAACGCACUUCUACAAGGGUAGUACCUGAACACAAGAAACACAGGAGACCAAGAAAGCCUCCUAGGUGGCUGAAGGACUAUGAAUGCACACAAAUUCCACAGAAUGAACAGCAUGAAAACAAUGAGGAUGUCUCUGAAACAGAACCUGAACAGCAUGAAUACAAUAACGAUGCGUCUAAAACAGCACCUGAACAGAAUGAAAACUCAGAAACAGAUGACAUUGAGUCUGUUCAGGUAACAAAUAAGGGAGUUGUGAAGUAUCCCAUUCAAGAAUACUUGAAUUAUUCAAAUAUUUCUCCUUAUUAUAAAUAUUUUUUGACUUGUACUGAUUCUGUUUUUGAGCCUGUAA